AUGGGAAUCCGGCGGCCUGGUGCUGGCGUUGGUGCAUGGAGGGGGAUUUGGGGAGUCUCGCCUGAACAAGAAAGCAAAGCCAGGUAUCCGUCCUCUGUACAGAGUACCUCUGCCUUGCAGCCAGUCUCGAGGUCAGGGUUUUGGCCUCGACAUUUUGGACUGGCCCGUCGUCGACUACCUACCCAUCUUCCUUACCGUGUCUACCAUUCAGACGACACCCCAUCCUUCUCUCUUUCACUCGCACACGCCGCCUAUUGCUUCUUUCAUCGUUUCUUUUCCGGCUGGCAGACCUGGCAGGAACACGGCCUUUGCUCUCUGCAGAAACGACACUUGCCUCACUCCCAUCCACUCUCGCACUCCCUCUUCCACUUCCAUUUCCAACCCAAUCACUGA